CCUAGCACUACAAUUUGUGAAAACUCUACAGGGCCAUCUCGUAUUCGCCUCUCUUCGAAUUCAACUAGCCUGAUGUCGAUCAUUUCACCAUCUCAUGCACGCGACCUUCCUCUCCAUUUCGAUCACCCAAUCCUGCUGACAUCGAUUUUACAAUGUCGCCUUGGAAAUCCCCCCUCGAAGGCUACCAAAACGCGGAGCCCCUCCCAACAACUGUAAAUAGCGACGGAAAAUCCCUAUACAAUCCGCCAGGAACAAAGUCUCCAUCCUACGACGAAUUUCCAAAGCCAAUUGAUUCGUCAAAUAAUGGUUUUGAUUUCCACAUAUACUAUAUGCAAACCGUGCCAUCAGAGGCGAUCUUCGCGAGGGAGUUGCACGAACGAGUCAGGAGGGAGUUCCCCGAGCUUCGAAUCUACAAGUUCUGGGAUAGGCCUGUUGGGCCACACCCCACAGCGAUGUUUGAAGUAAACACGUUCACCCCCCACCAAACUGGGGCGUUCUUUUCGUGGUUGACGGUCAACCGCGGACCAUGCUCGGUUCUUAUCCACCCGAAUACGAACGACGCGUAUAAGGAUCAUACAGAGCUCAUGUCCUGGAUGGGAAGGCCCUGGCCGUUGAAUGCGGAAAUGUUGAAGGGUCACUGA